AUGGCUAAAUCAAUUGACUCAAAAAGUAAUUAUACUUUGUCAGUCACAUCAACUGAAAAACAACAACCAAUUUCAGAAAAUGAAAUAGAACCACAAAUAUCAAAACAAACAUCAAAAGAUAAAUCAUUAUUAGAAAAAUUAUCAUUAACUGAUUUUGAUUUAGAAAAAAGUCAAAAUGCUAAAAAUCCAUUUUUAGAUUCAAAAGUUGCUCAAUAUUAUACUGAAUUAUAUGAUAGAACAAAAUAUGAAUGUAGAUCACAUUUUGAUCCUCAUUUUACUUGGAGUGAACAAGAAGAGAAAAAAGUUAUUAAAAUUUUAAAUGUUAGAGUUGCUUUAGCAGCAUGUUUAAUGUUUGUUGCGUUACAAAUUGAUCGUGGUAAUAUUCAACAAGCAGUUACUGAUAAUAUGUUAGGUGAUUUAGGUUUAAAUACAAAUGAUUAUAAUUUAGGUAAUACAUUAUUUUAUGUAUCAUUUUUAGUUGCAGAAAUUCCUUCACAAAUGAUUUCAAAAAGAUUGGGUCCUGAUAUUUUUAUUCCAAUUCAAAUUUGUGCUUGGAGUAUUGUUGCAAUGUCACAAGCUGCUAUGCAUAAUAAAACUGGGUUUUAUAUUACAAGAUGUUUAAUUGGUGCAAUAGAAGGUGGAUUUAUCGCCGAUUUAGUCCUUUGGUUAUCAUAUUUUUUUACAAGUGCAGAAUUACCAAUUAGAUUAUCAUGGUUUUGGACUACUUUAACAGUAACUCAAAUUUGUAUUGCAUUGUUAGCUUUUGGUAUAUUAAGACUAAGAGGAGUUUUUGGUUGGGCUGGUUGGCAACAUUUAUUUUUAUGGGAAGGUUUAAUUACUUUUUUAAUUGGAGUUUUUGCAUUUUAUAUGAUGGUUCCUUCAGCUGUUCAAACAAAAAAUUGGUUACAUCCAAAAGGUUGGUUUACUGAAGGACAAGAAAAAAUUGUUGUUAAUAGAAUAUUAAGAGAUGAUCCAACUAAAGGUUCAAUGCAUAAUAGACAAGCUAUUUCUUUUAAAUCAUUAUGGAGUUGUUUUUCUGAUUAUGAUUUAUGGCCAUUAUAUGCAAUUGGACUUAUAGCUUAUAUUGGUCAAAUGACAUUUGGUUCAUAUUUCGCUUUAUUAACUAGAGAAUUAGGUUUUGGUACUUUUGAUACAAAUUUAUUAACUAUACCAUCAGCAGUAUUACAUUGUUUGACACUUAUAGGUAUUACUUGGUUGUCGGAAAAGCUUAACGAUAGAGCAUAUGUUGCAUUAAUUUCACCAAUUUAUUGUUCAAUUUUAUUAGCUGCUAUCAGAUUUUGGCCAGGUGCUGGAAUUGAAGUUUGGCCAUCAUAUAUUUUAAAUACUAUUUAUACAGGUCAUCCAUUUUUACAUGCUAUUGUUGUUAGUUGGGUAUCAAGAAAUUCAAAUUCUGUUAGAACUAGAUCCAUUUGUUCUGCUUUGUAUAAUAUGUUUGUUCAAUUGGAUGCAAUUAUUGCUCAAAAUAUUUUUAGAGAAGAUGAUAGACCAUUAUAUAAAAGGGGUUUAUUACAAUUAUUUUGUAUUGCUUUAACUGUUAUUCCAGUCUUAUUACUUACUAAAUUUUAUUAUAAAUGGAGAAAUGCUAGUAAAGCCAAAAUUUGGGAUGCUAUGAGUGAAGAAGAACAAGAUCAAUAUAGAAGAACAACAAAGGAUAGAGGAAACAAAAGGUUAGACUUUAGAUUUGCUCAUUAA